AUAAAUACGGACGUUUCGUCCAAUCAGAGGGCAUCAGGGGCGUGGACGAAUGCCAGUGUCCGCACUGUGUUUACUUCCGUCAAUAUUUCCAGGCAGCAGAGAAAAGAAGAAACAGAAGCACUGACAGACGAUACACAACAAAGGAGUGACUUAAGUCCCCCCCCUCCCAGCUAAAAUGCCUUUCUUGGGCAAGGACUGGAGGUCGCCAGGAUGGAGCUGGACAAAGACAGAGCAAGGAUGGAAGAGGAUUAUCUUCUAUGGACACGACUUGGAAGAUAGCAACAAAGAGAUACACUUGAAAGAGCUCUGCAGUGACAACAAAGAGAAUCUUUUUGUUGGAGAUGUGUGUGAGCUCGCCACCACGAAGAGGAAAAAGGACCUCUACAACAAUAAUACCAAAUCCCAGUUUGUUUUCACGGAUAAAUGGAUCUAUGUGCAGAAAGGGAGCACAAAAGAACGACAUGGAUACUGCACGCUUGGCGAAGCCCUCAACCGUCUAGACUUUUCCAGUGCCAUUCAGGACCUAAGAAGAUUUAACUAUGUUGCAAAACUUUUCCAGCUAAUAGCCAGGUCUCAGCUGACCUCUUUGAGCGGAGCAGCACAGAAAAACUAUUUCAAUAUACUGGAGAAGAUUGUGCGAAAGGUUCUCGUCGACCACUACAACCCGCGCCUGGUUAAGGAUUUGCUGCAUGACCUGAGCUCAACAUUGCACAGUCUGACCAUCCAUGUUGGCAGGUGUGUCCUCGUGGGCAACGUAAACAUCUGGUUAUGCCGACUGGAGACCAUUCACAAAUGGAAGCAGCAGCUUAACAACCUGCAGAUCCCCAAGCAAAUAUGCAGUGGCAUGUCAUUCAACGACUUGCCGCUACAUAUGCAGAACAAGAUCCUCUGCGAGUUGUCUGAUGCCUAUGACAUCAUUAACCUGGGGCAGGCCACGCCUACUUUGCACAGCCUCAGUGAGAACAGGAUUCUGUGGAAGAAACUUUGCCACUUUCACUUCUCAGACAAACAGUUCUGUAGAAAGUUGGUCCUAUCCAAGAGUGAAAGUCUGGACUGGAAGCUGAUGUACUUCACCCUGAAGAAACAUUAUCCAAUGAGGGAGCAGUACGGCGACACCUUACACUUCUGCAAACACUGUAGCAUCCUCUUCUGGAAGGAUCGCCACCUCGCUUUGGUAUUCAAGGACUGUGGCCAUCCAUGCUCCGCCAACAACCCAGACAGCUGCCUCAUGCCCAUUUCUCCGCAGCACUUUAUCGACCUCUUCAAGUUCUAAACCCUCCGUGUUGUUUUUCAAGGAAAGCAAUCGUUUACUCCCAAACCAAGAGUGUGUACAAGACCUCAACGUCAUAAACUCAAAUACAAAGGGCUUCAACUGAAAGAGAUGACUUUUUAUGUCUUCAUUUCCUUACGCACAAGUGUUACCAUUAGGCAUAGGAAAGAGUUAAUGGAUUUUGUGAUGGUUUGUAGAUUUUAAGAAUGUUGGUGACAUUUUUUUUUCCUCCUGCAUAAAUGUUUUGUCUUCUUGACAAAAAGGCUAUUUCUAACAGAGGAAAUACAAUAAUAUUAUGUAAAUGUAAUUUGAAUAUUUGAAAGAAUUUAUAUGUCAAAUGAGUUGUUGCAUGUUUAUGGUAGGUAGAUGGUGAUAGAUGGCAACACUUUGCAACUGGCAACAUUUACAGGGUGGCAGGAUAAGAUGCCUCAUGUGUUACUUGUUUAUUUAAUGGGGUUAAACUUUUCUGCCUUUUGCUCCACUUCGUCCUGGUGGGAUUUCUCUGCAAUAACUGAAUGCAUGUCAUGUUAGAGUCUAUGUUUACUUACUGUAUGUUGUCCUUUGUGAAUUCUUGCUGUGCUCUGUGUACAUUGGAAGUGUCCACACUAAGAGAAAAGAAUUUCUUUAACCAUACAAGUUUUUACAAUCGACUUUGUCAGAACUGUCAAGUGACAGACGGAAGAAAUGUCAAACCUCCUUAUUUAUGGGGGGGGGGUGUAUCCUUCCUCCAACUUUUGUUAUAUUAAUUUGCUAUCCCAAUACUCUUGAUGGUACUAUUAAUGAAAUAUUUAAAAAAAACUGUUUCUGUUCUUCAUUUUAUACUGUGAGGCGCAGGGACUUUUGUUAACUGUAUUAAGAUCUUUUUUUAGACUGGACCUUUGUAAUUGUAUUUUCCGCUCCUUGGAUUUGGAUUUAAAUGUCUCUGCACCUUAAACAGAAAGGAAAAAUAGUUAGUCACUGGUCACAGAGCAAAGUUUCCUGAUUAUUAUUCUUCCUCUUAAUCUCUAGACUGAAUCUUUUUAAACGCAUUUCAAUGGGAAUUCGCAAGCAACACGUAACA